AUGUCAUAUUUGAUUGAUGAUGUUCUCUCAACUGUUUUUUCAGUAACUGCCGUUCUUUUGGGGCUGGCAGUAAAUGGAUUUAUCCCACUUGUAAACAUCAAAGACUGGGUCACAGUGAGGAAGAUGAAGCCCUCUGACCGGAUCUUAACGGUUCUGUGUUCCACCAGAUUUUUAUUGCAAUUUACGUUUUUUCUGGAACUUACGGGCAUUUCUUUUGGCCUGAUCCCAUUGUCGGCCUAUGCUGCCUACUGUAUCACUUAUGUGGUGGAGCUUUUCCUCGACCUGUUCAGUCAUUGGCUCAGUAUGUGGCUUUGUUGCUUGUACUACGUGAAAAUCACAACCUCCAAACAUCCAUUGAUCCUCCACCUGAAGUCAAGGAUCCCCGGCAUCACCAAAUAUGCUCUCCUCCUCUUUGGGUUCCUUUCCUUCCUAACAGGACUUGUAUAUUACGUGAGCGGAGAUGACAUCUCUUGUCUACACGGCGUCAGCAAGAAUUUGACAGCAAACAGAACCUUUGAAAGCCUCCAAGAACGGUUGAUGAUCGCGUAUUUCUUUGGCCAAGCGUUUCCUUUUAUGAUGGAGAUGAUGUCGUCGAUGUAUCUCCUCUCGUUGUUGGUUUCCCACGUGAAACACACCAUGAGCAAUUUUUCCAGUUUUAAGGCACCCAGCAUGGACGCCCACUGGUCCCUAAUUCGAUACAUUCUUCUACUGUAUUUCUUGUCUGCCUGUAAUUUAGUUGGUAACUUGCUCCUGUGGCAAGUAACAUCUCAUUCUAUUGGGCGUUCAGUUGGUUACUUUAUUAUCUUCUCUUAUCCUUCCUUCCAUUCCAUAACUCUUGUCCUAUGUAAUCCCAAGCUGAAAAGGGAAAUGGUAAAAACCUUCAUCUGGACAAGAAACGUACUUUGCUGUUUUCGAGGAGACGGAGGAUUCCGGACUGAGACUGUUGCCCAGUGA